AUUGCAGAGCAGUCAGGAGGAGCCUUUCCUGUUUCAUAAGCAGAAGAAGCGAUGUUGCUCACUUUGUCCUCAGUUUCUAGUUGGUCACUUUCUUUUCUGUGCGAGGGCAGAAGAACAAACUUUCACGUUGAAACAUUUAGCUUUCAGAUUUUCUCAGGAUCUCUUCCUCCAUGACGAACGUGUCUCAGACAAUGGAGACAGAGGAGGACCUCCUCACUUUACUCCACAUCAAGUUUUACCACCCUCAGCAACACUGUAAAGGUCUCUACGACUCGCUUCCCUUGGGGACCAGGAGCAGAUGCUCUGCCGAUGAUCCUCUCAGGCUGGGCCGUGACGCCCAGGCCUGCACCUACUCUCUGGUCGACCCCAAGGUGUCCCGCAAACAGCUGGCCCUAAACGCCUACCGUACACCCAAGAGCCCAGAUAUGCUGUUCUCCAUCCAGAACCUGAGCCAGAGAGGGCAACUGUCGGUGAACGGAUCGUCGCUGGGCUACCUGGAGAGAAUGGACCUUCCAGACAAGGCUCUGAUCCGGUUCUUAGAGUAUGAGAUGCUCAUUAUUCGGGAGUCUGGAGAGGCAAAGACCAGUUUUGAGGUGGACAUGGAGGUGCUGACUGUGCCUCCCUCCAGGGAGACGUGCACCUGUGUGCCUGGAAGGGCACCAGUCAUGGACACGGGUAUGGUGAACCAAAACACGGCUGAACUAAGAGAACUUGGACCUCUGGAAACUGAUGAGACACUCAUCUAUUAUAAAUGAUCAACAGACUGAACUGGGCUAAGCAUCAAGGCAUUGCUGUCCAUUUGUUAUAGUAAAGUUGAAUUAGGUAAUGAUAUUCAUUUUCUAUUGUGAAAUCAUUAAGUUCUUUUACACUUUGACUUUUGCAAAUAGAUCAAAUUAAGCUAGACCCUUAAAUGUCUGCUUUCAUUUUUGGAAAUAUGAAUAUUGUGAUGUUUUAAUGUUAUUUACUUCUGAAUCAUAGGUUUAAGCAAUAAACUACUCUUUUUACAGCAUCUUUUGUCCAACAUUUGUAAAUUAUGUUCCCGUUAUAGAUCCAGUUUGGAAACUUGACAGAAAAGCUAUCACUAUCAGCCCCUCCUUUGGUGCUUUAACGUUGAAAUCCAUAAGUCACAUGGCAAAACUGCAACUGGAAUGUUCUGUGGGGUCAAGCAUAAGCCCUCUGACCUCUUAGGUCAGUCAGAGUCCUUCAGGCCAUGAAUGCUUCACUUCCAAAUUACAUAACAUGGAGGCUUAAAAGGGCGACUCUACGGGAGGCACGAGGCCAUCUGCCGGGAAAACCGUCUGAAACCCGAAUCCACUGAAAGGAGAAGUGUGAAAAAGUUGUCUGUAUAAGACUUGCAGCAUGUUGGGGAAUAAUCAACUGUUCCAUACAGAAGCUCAGAGCAAUGCUUGCCUGUACAGCUUGACUUUGAACAAAAGAACCGGUAACUAUCUUGUAUUUCCUUCACUCUAUAAAUUUCUGGCUCUUGACCAGGUAAGCAUUGGAAACCAUGUGGCGAGUUUUUUAUGGGGAAAUAACUUCAUUGUUGGGUUACUAAAGACAAAAGGUAAUGUUAGAAAAUCUGAAGAGACAGUCUGUGAAUCUAGCUUGAACUGCCAUGUCUUUCAGACUGAACUGGUUAACUAUAGUUUGCACUGGUUAAGUUGGACAACAAACAUCCUUGUGCUGUAUGAAGAGAU